AAAUUAUAAAUGCAUUGUAGUUGUGAUAAAAUAAUUUUGUUGUAAAAACAAGUGAAAAUACUUGUUUAAUUGAAAAUUUAUAUGUAAAAAUUGCAACAAAUUUAUACUGUUCACACCAGAAGUAGUGGUUCCAAAAUUGAAAAUUGAAGUUUUAUGUGUAAAAAUGUUACUGAAUUUCUAUCAAUUGUAAGACGGUGCAAAUAAUUGUGUUCAGAAUUCGAAUUAGGAAUUCUCGUUUUAAUUAUAGUGAAAUCAAAUGUGUAAAAAGUUUGAAUUUAUAUUGGGAAGUGUGUAAAUUAAAACUUUUACUAUUUUUUUUAAAUAUGAGAUUUCUGGUACCUUGUUUGCCUGAUCCUAAUGCAGAUGGCGGUAGAACUAAACGGAUUGACAGAGAUAUAAAAAACUGGAUCAAACCAUACAAUGAUGCAAUAAAACUAUUGCUUCUGGGCACCGGCGAGAGCGGGAAAACUACAAUAAUAAAGCAAAUGAAGAUUUUACAUGUACAAGGUUUCUCGUCGAGUGACCGAGAAGAGAAGGUGAAGUACAUAAGGCAUAACGUACACGAGUCUAUAUAUGACAUUGUUCGCAACAUGACCCCGCUCAGUAUUGGACUGCAGAAUAUCAAGAAUGUACAGGCGCAACAGUACAUCCUGAAGUGUGGACCGGACGGGCCCCCUGAAUACAACGAGGAGUAUUUUGACUAUGUGAGGGCGUUAUGGAAGGAUGGCGGCGUGAGGGAAUGCUUCAGCAGAUCCAACCUGUACCAGCUCAUUGAUAGUGCUCAAUACUUCCUAGAUAGAAUAGAUCUUAUAGAGAAGCCUGAUUACGUGCCGACAGACGCGGAUAUCUUGAGGUGUCGGCAGAAGACCACCGGGAUACAGAAAAUUGAAUUUAAAGUUAAGGUACCUAAAGCGAUGCAUGGGGGUGUUCAGGACUUCUGGAUGUUCGAUGUUGGUGGACAGAGGGGGGAGAGGAAGAAAUGGAUACAGGUGUUCGAAGGUAUCCACGCCAUCUGGUUUCUGGUGGCCUGCAGCGACUUCGACCAGACUCUGAGGGAAGACGAGACCCAGAACAGGCUGAAGGAAGCGUUAGUUCUAUUCGAAGAUGUGUGGUUAAGCAGGUUCCUUCUACGAGCGGGCCUAAUAGUGUUCCUCAAUAAGCAGGAUCUACUGCAGCACAAGAUCUCGCAGGGACGCUGCAUCGGGGACUACUUCCCGGAGUAUCACGAGUUCGAAGCAUCAGGCGAUGAGUACAAUCGCACUAAAUUGUUCAUCAGGAGUAUGUUUGCUAAUCUAACCAAAAAGAAACGCGAGAGGAAGCCAAUAGCGGCGUCCGCUGAAAGCUUCGUCAUCCAGGAAGUGAACCGUCCGAGGGAGUGCUACUUCCACUUCACGACCGCCACAGACACGGAUAAUGUCAGAACAGUCUUCAAAGAUGUCCACCAGAUGAUAUUAGCGGAAAUACUGAACAAUAUUGGCGUUUAUUAAUAGAUAGAAAUAGUAUUUUAACUAGUUAUGACAGACUUCUAUUGCUUGCGAUUGACUUCGACUAGUAGUAAUUGAAUUUGACGGGUUAUGACUGACUUCUACUGGUUGCGACUGACUUCGACUAGUUGAAAACGAUUUCGAUUGGUUAUGAUUGUGACUAAAUUGGACUAUUUGUAACUGACUUCGACUACUUGAAUCCGACUUAGACUUGACCGACUCGACUAUGUUGUGGGUGAUUUGUACUGGUUGAGCCCGACUUCAGCUAGUUGCUGUUGCUACCUACUUCGACUAGUUGUGAUUGAAUUUAACUGGUUGUGACUCUCUCUGAUUGGUUGGGGCCGAAUUCAACUUGUUGCGACUUAUUUCGACUAUCAAUGAGUGACAUUGACUAUUAACGACUGACUUCGACUAUUUCGACUAAGUUCUAAUGAACUUUGACUUUUUAGAUAUUUAUUUUUAUUUAUUUAUGAUAAUUAUAUUGUCCAAAUGUAGCUCAUGGUUCAAAGGCGGAUUUAAUGAUAAAUGAUAUCUAUUUAUUGAUAAAAUAUAUUAUUUAUUUAGGAAUUUUUGUCCACUUUUGACAUUUCAAUCAUCUCCUAGUUUAACUUUUGUUUUCAAAUACUAUAUCAUGGGGCUUGCCUGUUAUAAUAAUAAAGAACGAUGUUUUAAUAAAUAACAAA